AUGUCAGAAAAGAGAGGCUUUGGAUUGAAGUUAUCGUCCAUAUUCAACCAGGGCCAUGGAUCACCCAAUGAUAAAAAAUCGCAAGGACAUUCAACGCGAGCUAUAUCUCCGACUCCUUCUCCUAAGCCAAAACCGCUUAGUAAACCCCACUUGAACAAUCAUCGUUCUUCAUCAGCUACCUUAAACGCCCCACUACAUUCAUACAAUCAAGGGGCGGCACACUCAUUACACUCAAAAUCAUCCACCAGUACAUUGCGAGCAAACGCACCCCCAAGUACUCAACACCCCACGCUUGCGGCAUCUCAAACGCACCACCCAGAGAUCAAUACCACGCAACAAGCAUUUGAAGUAACACAGGGGAACAGCUCCGCGACAUAUGACCGACAUACGAGAGAAGCAUUUCCGCACACGCCACAACGCCUGUCUCAGCCUCAGCGACAAGAAGGGUUGAAACCGAGCUUACUCCCAUCCAACUCACUCUAUCCUGCAACCAGCACCAAUUCCGCAAGCCCUAAACCGCUGCCUUUGAGACGAAAACCACCCAGUGAUUUGGACUCCUUUGACUUUGGGGUUAAUGACCAGAAAUCAGAUAGGACAAAUGAAAGUGUAAGAUCUUUAUCUCAAACACCAAAGUCAAGACUGGACAAACUGGGAACCGGGAUAACAGCGGAUAUUAUUGGUGACUUGGAGUCAGAAAUAGAUCAUUUCUUACGGCUUGAUAAUUCGGAUAGCAGUGAUAUCAGAUAUGCACCAAGCGAUAGUCGGUCUUUUAGCGAUAGUGUUUAUUUCGAUCGUGCUUAUGAUGAAUCGCACUCUGAUGAUGUACAAGAAUUGAAUUUGAACAGAUCAAAGGCUUUCGAUCAGAUUGGAGAGUCAGUGGAAGGUGGUAUCCUGCUGUCUCAACAAACUCCUUACCCGGUUGAUUCCUUUUUAGGCUCACCAUCUGUAUCACCUCCUCAAACACCAGCAGAGUCUUUGGAGAAUUCUCCACAAAUUAUUCAGAAUUACAUGAUGGAUACUCGUGUUUUAGAGCAAAUCAACCCAUUUGAGACAACUUUGAACCAACAACUACCUGAACAACCAAUUACUUUUAUUGCUCCUGCGUCUUCAAAGUCAUCUGUUUACUCCUCCACAUCCCCAACAAGACACAGGACUGAUUACGAAUCGUUCACUAAUCCAUCUUCAUCCGAAACAAUGGCUGCAUCUGCCGCAUCUCAGAGUGUCAGAUCCCCGAUUUCGAGAUCUUCAACAAAUACUUCGAGAGUUCCCUCGUCCAGUGUCCCGUUCCAAUCACCGACACACUCAAUUCAUCAGCAACAUCAAACUCCUAAUCGUAUUCAAGCAAUGCAGACUGUUCAUCCAUCUCCUCAACCACGUCAACCACCACAACCACCACAACCACCACAACCACCUUUGCAACAUACUUUAACUGACAAUUCUGGAUUUUCCUUUUCUCACGCCAACUCGAUGAAAAGUUACAAUACCCUGAAUACACAUCGCAACUUUCACCGCAAUUCGAGCUCCGUGGGUUCCAUCAAGAGCUCAAAUUCGUAUAAAAAUGUCAAUCUUGCUAGUUUGAAACGCUCCUUGAGCUUGAAACCAGGCGAAGGUGAGAGAUCAAAUUAUGUAUUAGCAAUUAGAAGGAGUGCAGGGACCGCUUUUAAUGAACUGGGUCCUUUACGGUGGAAACUCCCUGUUGGAAUACUACCUAUAGACAAACUGGCAACAAAGGAAAACUCAAACGGAAAGUACAAACGACUUGCUGGAGGACUCAGUGGUCAAAAUUCUCGUAAAAAGACUAGCGGAGUGGAGUUGAAACAUGGUCACUUGAAGCCAAGGCUUUUGGCAGCAGAAAUUGAUGAAGGUGAUGAUAGCUUUGCUGGUAUUGGCCUCGCGAGAACUACCACAGCGAAUAACCCAUCGGUUGCUAAUACUUUUAGUUCUCGCAACCAAUCUGUGAGUACAAAGGCUUCGCGCGAGAAUUCGUUGAAGCGAACCACUACCGAUGGUUCAGUACUCACAGGCGACACACAAAGUGUUGUUAGCAGUACUACAGAAAGUACAAAAGGUAACCCCAUUGAUGCCAGCCUUCACAGGACAAGUUCAAUUGUGUCAAGUGAAUCGUCCGGCAGUCUAUCGGACAAGAUCAGUGGUUAUUACCAACAUCGUGGUUACAAGUAUGGUGAUAUUGAUGAAGAAUCAGAAGACAAGAGUAGUGCUGAAAGUCCAGGUACACUGAAUAAUGAUGGGUCCAAUCUCAAUGGGUUCAAUACUAAUGAUUCCUACACAAAGCAGGAAAAAUAUGAUGAUUAUGAAGAGCAAGAACGUCCGAAAUUGGUUCUUGCCAAUCCCGACUAUGACAGUGAUGAGUGA